CAGUUGGUGAGUAGUUGUAAUUUGGAUGAUAAAUCGACAACUAAUCACAGUUAAAUAUUAUACAUCAACAAUCAUGGGCCGAGUUAUCCGUGCCCAAAGAAAGGGUCCAGGAAGUGUUUUCAAGGCUCACACAAAACAUAGGAAGGGAGCAGCGAAGUUGCGACCAGUAGACUUUGCAGAGAGACAUGGCUACAUUAAGGGAAUAAUCAAGGACAUAAUCCACGAUCCUGGCCGAGGAGCUCCGCUUGCGAAGGUGGUUUUCCGCGACCCGUAUCGCUACAAAUUGAAAACUGAAACGUUCGUCGCUGCCGAGGGCAUGUACACUGGCCAGUUUCUCUACUGUGGCAAAAAAGCCUCUCUACAGAUUGGCAACAUUUUGCCAGUUGGCAUGAUGCCUGAGGGAACGAUUGUUUGUAGUUUGGAAGAAAAGACUGGAGACCGUGGCAAGCUGGCCCGAGCAUCGGGCAACUACGCCACAGUGAUAUCGCACAACCCCGACACGAAGAGAACACGUGUCAAGCUGCCGUCUGGCAGCAAGAAGGCCAUGCCGUCAGCUAACAGAGCCAUGGUUGGUAUUGUUGCUGGAGGUGGGCGUAUCGACAAACCCAUCCUGAAGGCUGGACGAGCUUACCACAAGUACAAGGUGAAGAGAAACUGCUGGCCUAAAGUCCGUGGUGUGGCCAUGAACCCUGUUGAGCAUCCCCAUGGUGGUGGUAACCAUCAACAUAUUGGUAAAGCUUCCACAGUCCGAAGAGACACGCCCGCUGGUAGAAAGGUUGGUCUGAUUGCUGCAAGACGUACAGGAAGAUUGAGAGGAACAAAGCAGCUUGCCGCUGGAAAAUCUGAAAAAGAAUAAAUUAAUGUGCAGAAACAAAAAUUAAAACAGUGGACAGUU